AUGGGCGAAACCGCUGGAGCCAACAAAGGGUCCAGAAGCCGCCAUUUCUCCUCCCACUGCGAAGACCAGCCCAGUGCCUAUAAUCUCACUUUAUUGGAUUAUCACUCUCCUUGGAUUGUAUACACCGGUGGACACUUCUCACAUUCACAUUGGGAUUUACAGCAUGCUGGAUUUCUUAAGGACUGUUUUAAUGGGCCGAACGUUACAGUGGAAACAGGAGCCCUCUCCGGGCUGGACGUGAAAACAGGGGUGACAAAGGGCUUCGAGGAAGGAGGGAGGAGAGGGGGCAAAUCGACUUCCAGCUCCGUUUCUCAGUCUAUAAGGUCCCCCUCGAAGUCCAGCAGUCAAAGAUAUAUAAUUAGCUCACCCUCAGCCACGGUGCAUUGGGCAGAGCUCCACUCUGCGCUUUCACUGUCCACGGCUUGCUCCCUGGCGGGGGGCACUGUUGCCGGCUCUCGCACCCAGUCUGAUGGGUUAGGCUCUGCUCCUCCGCUCAGUUGCUCAGCUUUGCGCUGGCUCGUCGAUCGCGGUGGGAAUGGGCUCUCCGUCAUCGGUGGGCUCGGGCUGAUGCACCGUACCUCGGGGAGAUGGUGGGCUGGGCUCUGUGUGAGGAGCGGAUCUGGCGAGAUCAUCCACGGGGCAGAUGGUGAAUGGCAAUCCGUUUCUCUCCAGAGUCCACUCCACGAAAGCGGCAAAAUCCUCUCGAGGACCAUCUUCGGACGACGGCGCUCUGCUCACGGUGUUCAAGCUUAGACACGUAGACACGGAGGUUACUGUUUUUGAUCCGGUCUCCUGUCACGGUCUGUGCUGGGAGGAACGAUGGAGACGUGGAAUAAACUAAAUAGUCUUUUAAUCAGCGAACCACAGGGUACAUCCAACACUGGGAACGGCAGGAAACACACAAACAUAACAAGUAGACCCGAUAAACACAGAACGCAAAGGCAUGGACUUAAAUACAGGGGAUAAUAAGGGAAACACAGGGGCAUAGGAUGAUAAUCAAACUAGUUAGACUAAACGAGGACAGAAACAUGACCAAUAAGGAAACACCGGAACAGAAACAGGGGCAAAACAAGUCCAUAAUCCUGACACUUAUGAAUACCCAGAAUUAAUUGUUAAACGUGGUAAAUUUUGAGCAAUGUGAAAUGUGAAGCAAAAUAAACCCAGGAUUCUGUUUACUUGGGGUUUAGAAUGACCCAGUGUUAAC